GAAUUCGAACUCAAGACAUUUAAUUAAGGAUGAAUAAAUAGUUAUCAUUCUGCCAUAAUUUUUUCAGAUAAUUAUAUACUUAGUUCAUUGUACAUAGUUGUUUAAUGUAUGAACCACAUAACUUUACGGGUCUCCCAAGUAUCUAUCUCUAUAAUUAGAUUUAGAAUCUUCUUAAACCUUAUUUCCUCCAAGUUUCCUAUUUUCAAUCAAGAUUUUCCAUUUUCCAAUCCCUUUUUGUCCUUUUUUUUCUUAUUUUCUUUAUUAUCCCCUUCCAAGAAGCAGCCUCUUUAUACCUAAUUUUUCCUAAAUCAUUACCUAUUUAUACCUCUCAACAAAUUCCAUUUCCCUACUCACUUCAUCAUCUCGUACUAAUAAAAUAACUACUUUCUAGUUGAACUCCAAGGUUCUUCUACAUACUCAAAUUAGUUAGUAUAUAUCAUAUCGCACGUGACGAACUAGAUUGGAACUGAGGCGUAGUUAUCAUUAUGGAUUAUCGAGGGGUGAUGAUGACAAAGUGCAAGAACACGAAACAAAAGAAGAGAGACCACCAUAAAUCGAAGAAGUCUGAUGUCAAAGUUGUGUACAUUUCUACUCCAAUGAAAGUAAAGACAAGUGCAUCGAGAUUUAGGUCACUUGUCCAAGAACUCACAGGGCAGGACUCAGAUAUAGCAAGAAUCAUGGAGAGUAAUAAUGGGGCCAUAACUGAGUUUGAUGAUAUUCAUCAUGGACACAAUGAUCAGAUUCCAGUAAAGUCGUCAUCACCAUCACCAUCACCAUCAUCGUCAUCGUCUCUGCUACUAGCAAAAUCAUCUAAUAACUCAUCUCCUAUGAGUUCAGAGUCCAACUAUUUUAAGGAACCUAAUUUUGAUGACCUGCUUAAUACUCAAAUGGAAGAGCAAUUUCUUGCUUUAUUAGGUUCAUCAAAUUAUAGUAGUAGUGAUUAUUCAGCUGAUAUUGAUGUUCUUGGAAGCUAUGAUACACUACUGUAGAUUUAAUAUCUUAUGAUUUUUUGUUUGAAUGAUAUGGUGGAUAGAUUAUGGAUAAGAUUUAAAGAGGUGUA